AAACUUUGAGGGAGGAAUCUCUUUAAAUAGCGGACACUCAUCGUUAUUUCAGACACUUUGCGCAUUUCCAAAGAAGUUUCAGGACUGAUUAAUUAAUUAAUUUAACUCCUCCGCUGGAUAAUAUGGCCACAUCUGGACUGCAGAUCCUCGGCUUUUUUCUCUCUCUGGUGGGAAUAGCUGCCACUAUUGCCGCUAUGGUCAUGGUGGAGUGGAAGAAGACUGCCCAGGGCAAAUACCGCUCCUAUGAAGGCUUCUGGAUGUCCUGUACUGCCGCCCAACACAGAGCGACCUGCGAAAGUUAUCAGUCCAUCCUGAAAGUGCAGACUGAGAUUCAGGUUACCAGGGCAGUGUUGCUGGUCAGCCUCAUCCUCUCUGCUCUGGCUAUUCUCGUCUCCACGGUGGGGAUGAAGUGCACUCACUUCAUGGAUGAUGCGGCAGAGAGCAAAUCCAACACAGCAAUGAUGGGAGGAAUUAUGUUCAUCCUUUCAGGUUUACUCACAAUCAUCAUCACCUCCUGGUUUGUCAAAACUAUUAUUCAGAGCUCUUAUAAUUCAAUUCACAUGAUUAGACCUGAGUUUGGUAAUGCACCGUUUGUGAGCUGGAUUGGUGGACUCCUCACUGCGGUUGGUGGUUGUUUCCUGAGCUGUCGGAGAUGCUGGAGGUCAAAGGCCACAGGAUCCAUAAACGUCAGACACCUUAUUCCUACCAAUAAACCAAAGGCAGACUAUGUCUAGUUGAAGCGCCACAAAAACCUCUGUCGGGAGGAAGUUUCCCUUUGUGGAUUAUUAAAAAAAUACUUUCUACGUUCACUGAAUAAUAAGAUCAGUAAUGAGAUCAAAGUCAGGAUCUCUCUGAGUGAAAUUACUUUGAGUCUCAUAUAUCACGUGUUUUCAUACUGCCUCAGCACUGGUUUCUCCUGCUGUAAAGAUGUGAAGGUUCAACGUUUAAAUUACUUCAGUGUGUUUUUUUUUUAUGUCUGCAAAUCUAAUAAUAUACACAGUACUCUCUCAGCCAGCUGUACACUUGUAAAAUUAUGAAGUUUUUUCAUAAUAAGCAUUAAAGGACAGAUGUAGUAUGGACAGAUGUAAAGUGGGGACAGUGUACUUUCUGAUGUACUUUGCAGAUUUGUCUAAAGUUUUAUGUGUUUAGUCUUGGAACUUGUCAGGUUGCUUUAUUGUUUCUGUAAUACUUCAUCUAAUCAGAUAACAUUUUGUGUAUUUUGAAAGAAAGAAAAUUUUGAAAGAAAAAUAAAAUAAUUUUGUUUUUUAUA